UCAAGAAUAAUUUGUAAAAUUGUUCCAGUUGUUUACUAAGUUAUUAUUGUGAAUAGUUCAAGAUGGCCAUAUUCAGAAGCAAGUCUGGUAAAACCGUCGAAGGCUAUAACCCCCAUGAAAGGGACUAUAAGAUGCAUUCAGCCAACGUGCACGAUCCUGUGUUGUCAGCUGUUAAUGAAGCUCAACCCUUUGAGCAAGCCGCUGAUAGAAUCGAAAGAAGACCUUCUUACUUGUCACAAGACAGCGCCAACCUCAAAGACAUCUUUGGGCAACCCAUCAACCAUGGAGAUAUGUCCAACCCCACCAGAUCAAGAAAUGAAAGACCUUUGGACACCAUCAGAGCGUUUGAAUACGCCAUCACCGGAGAUGUGUCGUAUAGAGAUCAGUUGGAAAGCAGCCGGUUGGGCUGGGGAUUCCACGAAGAUUUCCCCCACUAUGAUGCUGUUGGAGGAGUUGGCGGAUCAAGUGGUGACUUACCUGGUAACGACUACGGACGUCCCACCAUCAACUUUGGUGAACAACCCAUGUACCUGGCACAGAACUAUUCGGCUAGUUCGUUGAAGAACGAGCAGAAGAAGAAGAAGAGGGGGUUGUUUGGUAGAAAGAAGUAACAGAAAAAGUGAUUGGUUUGGGAACUGAGUGGUGUAUUUAUACUGUACGAGCACACCAUUUGGAUCGGUCUCGUCUAACUGUGGAAUUGUUUUGGUUAGUAUUAUUUUUUUUUUGUAUUAUUGGCGGUUUGGAGUCCAAUGUGACCCAUCGAUGGUCUAUUGAUUAACUGGUGAAUGGUAUUAGAUGAGUUUUGGGUGUUUGUUGUUGAGGGUGAAAAAUACUCUGUGUAUAUGAAUAUCUUAAAUAAAAGAAAAACCACCGUGAUUCAUGACAUCACUGCAUACUCCUUAAGUAUUGAUGCCACGAACAAGGCAUCCAAUCGGGGCUAUAAUCCAUUUAUAUGGAACAUGUUCCUGAACAAAUUGUUUCGUCUAAAAAUUCUGCUGCCACUAUACAGGAUUAAGGUACUAUUUCCAGAUGGGAUUUUCCAUUUUAAUUCAACGACGACAAUGGAGAUUUAAUAACAACUUGCAUCACUCAAGUUGUUUUUUUUCUACCAGGUGUUUUUUUCUUGCUACUUAGAGUUGGCAGACAUUUUAAGCUUGGAUAAAUUUUACAUUUGCACCUUUCAAACAUUACCCUCAUCCUGUUCGCCAACAUUGCACUAACCAAGUAGUCGCAAAGAAAAACUAACCUAAAUUGUUCGUGAUCCUUGUUUUAUCUUAAAAACCAUGCAAGCCCAAGCCCAGCCCCUGCCCCAGCAGCCGCCAGUGCCAGCGCCGGGCCCGGGACAAGGACUGCAGCAACCGCCACGUCAAAUCAGCUUCAACGUCAGUGAUCAUUAUCAGAUCUUGGAAGUGGUGGGAGAAGGUG